UAUCACCUACCACCCCUCCCUCCAUCUUCUUGCUCUAAUUUCUCAUUGUUUUUUCCAGUCCUGAUGAAGGGUCUUGGCCUGAAACAUUGUUUACUCUUUUCCAUAGAUGCUGCUUGGCCUGCUAAGUUCCUCCGGCAUUUUGUGUGUUUCAUGAAAUAUGUUGUUUUGUGUCAGCAAGACUUUAAAACGACCAUGUCCCAAUAAGAAAUGUGAAAAAUGAAUAAAUAGUGUAAAAAGAGAGUUCACGGACCAUUCAUAAAUCUAAUGGUGGAAAGGGAGACCAGUUCUUAAAUGGUCGCGUGUGGAUCUUCAGGCUCCUGUACUGCACCCCUGAUGGAAGUAAUGAGAAGAGCGCCUGUUCUGGAUAGUGAAGAAUCUUAGUGGUUGAUGAUGUCUUCUUCAGGCACCACCUUUUGAAAAUAUUCUCAAUAGUGGAGAGGCUGGUGGCCAUGAUGACUCUGUAAACCUCUACGGUUUUUUUCAGUCCUGUGUGUUGGAGCCUCCAACUGACAGUGAUGCAACCCAUCAGAAUGCUCUCCACUGUAUAUCUGUAGAAAUUUGCUAGAGCCUUUGGUGAUAUGCCAAAUCCCUUCAAACUCGUAAUGUAUUAUCACCAUUAGUGUGUCUUCAUCAUAAUUGCAUCAAUGUGUUGGGCCCAGGAUAGAUCUUCUGAUGGCCAGGAACUUGAAGCUUCUCACCCUUUCCACUGCCUGAAGAUCCACACACACCGAUUCAGAACCAGCUUCUUUCCCUUCCACCAUCAGAUUUCUGAACUGUUCAUAAACCCACCAACACUACCUUAUUAUUCCUUUUAUUGUACUGUUUAUUUACUUUGUAAUUUGUAAUUUUCAUGUUGUACUGUACUGCAGCUGCAAAGUGAUAUAUUUCAUAUCAUAUAAGACAGUGACAAUGAUCUUCCUUCAGUCCUGAUACUGUACAAGGUUACACAAGAGACUGCAGACUGGAAUCUGGAGCAACACACAAAAUGCUGGAGGAACUUAAUGGGUCAGGCAGCACCUGCAGAGGGAAGUAGACAGUUGACGUUUUGAGUCAAAACGCUCAUCUGGACAUCUGAAUUAUUUUUUUACUACAGAUUACAGCACCUGCAGUCUCUUGUGUCUCGAUAUCAAUACGAUGGUUUGAAUGUGAUUUGAAAACGAUUCCCUAAUUGUGAUGAGCCUAUUCUUCGUUUUUGAUACGGUUUGUGAUUUGUAGAUGAACCCUUUUAUGUAGCAGUGUCUGUCCUUCGCCGUGAUGUAGGCCCUGAUUUUGUAGACACUUCCUUAAGUUCCAGGGACCGGCCAGUAAUUUACUGGCCGGCUGGGGUAAUUCUGCGCCUGGGUGCGAGGCUGCGAUUUGUAGACGGACCCUCUACCGCAUUGCGCAAACGCCCUCCCCUGGACCCCUGGGAUUUCUGCGUUUCUGGCUUGAGCGACGAUCCCUGGGGCCAUGGACCACCCUCCCCCACUACCUCUCUCUCCUCCCCUCACCUCUCCACCCCCUCACUCCUGCACUUGCGCAGUAGGUUUGGGGGCUGCAGCCCCCCUCCCUUCACCGAGUGCCCACCCCUGCAAAAGCGGAGACAGACAAGCACAAUGGAGAGGAAGCGCCCUGGGAUGCCCUCGGCUGCGCGGAUGGCUCCCCAAGGUUCAGCGAUGGGUCCCCCGGGAGCCCCAUACGGAACGGGUCCUACUGUUCGCCCUGGGAUCCCACAACCGGUCCUCGAGCAGACCCGCAAGCGUGCUGCACCGCAGCAGAUGCAACAGCCACAGGCAGCCGUGCAGAGCCGUGCACGCAGUGCCAAGCGGAGGAGGAUGGUGGACAAGAUCCUGCCCCAGAGGAUCCGGGAGCUGGUGCCGGAAUCCCAGGCCUACAUGGACCUACUGGCCUUCGAGAGGAAGCUGGACCAGACCAUCAUGAGGAAGAGAGUGGAUAUUCAGGAGGCUCUAAAGAGGCCGAUGAAGCAAAAGCGGAAGCUUCGGCUGUACAUCUCCAACACCUUUAACCCCGCACGCUCAGACGCCGAGGAUUCAGACAGCUGCAUCGCCUCCUGGGAACUGCGAGUGGAGGGAAAGCUUCUGGAGGAUACUGGGAAACAGAAGAGAAAGUUCUCCUCGUUCUUCAAGAGCCUGGUGAUCGAGCUGGACAAGGAACUGUACGGACCUGACAAUCAUCUGGUGGAGUGGCACCGGACGCCCAGCACCCAGGAGACUGAUGGCUUCCAGGUGAAGAGGCCGGGAGACGUCAGUGUCCGCUGCACCCUGCUGCUCAUGCUGGAUUACCAGCCCACCCAGUUUAAGCUGGAUCCCCGCUUGGCCCGACUGCUGGGGAUUCACACCCAGACACGAUCGGCCAUCGUCCAGGCCCUCUGGCAGUACAUCAAAACCAACAAACUGCAGGACUCCCAUGACAAGGAGUACAUCAGCUGUGACAAGUACUUCCAGCAGAUAUUCGACUGCCCGAGGCUAAAGUUCUCCGAGAUUCCUCAACGGCUGACCAACCUGCUGCUUCCGCCUGACCCCAUCAUCAUCAACCACCUCAUCAGCGUGGACCUCAAUGACCAGAAGAAGACGGCUUGUUACGAUAUUGAUGUGGAAGUAGAUGACCCCCUGAAGUGUCAGAUGAGCAGCUUCCUGCUAUCCACGGCCAACCAGCAGGAGAUCGCAGGCCUGGACAACAAGAUCCAUGAGACCAUCGAGUCCAUCAAUCAGCUGAAAAUUCAGAGGGAUUUCAUGUUGAGCUUUUCCAAGGAUCCAAAAGGCUACAUCCAGGAGUGGCUGAGGUCCCAGAGCCGGGACCUGAAGAUAAUGACAGAUGUGGUGGGGAACCCGGAGGAGGAACGGCGUGCCGACUUCUACCAGCAACCAUGGUCCCAGGAGGCAGUCAGCCGAUAUUUCUACUGCAAGAUACAGCAACGGAGGCAGGAACUGGAGCAAGCCAUGGGUGUGCGCAACACCUAGAUCCUUCCCCCGUGCAACCGCCACCACUGGAAAACACAAAAACACUGCUGUCCCUCAGAAGUCCCCAGCUGCUGAUGGCCCCUGUUUCAGGGGUCUCAGUACCCUUCGUGGCUCCUUCUCCAGCCUCUGCAGCACCAGGCCAGACCCCCACACACCCCAUUCAUCUCCGUUCAGUCCCACAUGCCUGGCACAGCCUGGGAUUAAGUGGGUGGGUAGUCUGGGUCCAUGGUACCACUCAGUGCCCACCAGGUAAUCUCGGGGUGGGAGGAUGGGGUGUUGUGAUGGGUUGUGGAGGAGAGAGGGAAGGACCACACUGGGGGGGGGGCGGGGGUCCAGUCCCAGGCCACUGCCUGGUGUAGUCUGUUCUUCAGCGCAUUGGCCACUGCUGGGGAGAUCAGUUUACUCUAUCCAAUCAAAUAAGCUGAUUGCAGAGCCAAAACCUCACCCAACUGGCCAGGACUAUUGGCCCUUCCCUCUCCUUCCCUGUUACUGCCACCUCACCCCUACGGUUUUCAACCAUCCUCCCAGGCUGGGGUAUGUUUGGGUGGGAGAGGUCUAGCAAGUCAGGGUCUGUGCCAAAUCCUCAUCAGUGUGGGUGUGAGGUGGGUUGAGGUUGACGGGUUAACAGAACUGGUUUGGAGAGCCAGAGGUGACUGAGGGAAAGGUCCUGGUGGCUACAGCUGUCUGUCAUCUCCUGUCCUGGCUGUCAGGUCUCUGGGUCACUCAUGGACAGGCCAGCAGACAUUAAUCAUGUUGACCAGACACAAGCUCCAAGAUCAAACCUGGGAUAUCAGGGCAUGGAUUACUUGGGCUUUGGUUGUUUUAUUCAUCCUGCAGACUUGAGGGGUGGGAAUGGGGGAGGUGUGGUGGUGCAGAGUUUGUGGCUGAGAUAAAUAAUUCAAAACUUGCUGCUAUCCCUGCUCUGGCAGUGUGUGAUGAGAUGGUUUCGAGGGAGCUUCACUCUGUGUCUGACCUGGGUGUGUGUAAUGGGAUGGUGUGGAGCAGAGGUUCCUGACCUGUUAAUCAGUUAAUAGUAAGGCUCCACAGCAUAAAAAGAGAUUGGGAACCCCUGAUGUGGAGGGAGCAUCACUCUGUGUCUCACCCUGGGAGUGUGUGAAGGGAUGGUGUUGAGGGAGAUUCGCUCUGUGUCUCACCCUGGGAGUGCGUGAAGGGAUGGUGUUGAUGGAGAUUCACUCCAUGUCUCACCCCAGGAACGUGUGAUGAGAUGGUGUAGAGGGAGCUUCACCCUGUUUAAUCCUGGGAAUUUGUGAUGGGAUGAUGUAGAGGGAGCUUUACUUUGUUUCGAUCCCCUUCCCAGGGAGUGUGUGAUAGGAGAUCAUAGUGGGUUUUACUUGGCAGUAAAACUCUGAUAAUCCAUUAUUAUCACGCCAGACCAGCAGGUUUUCUGGACUGAUGGAUGUUCUUCUAUUAAGUACUGUUCUUAAUUUAAUUUCUCUGUUUUGUGUUACCCAGUAGAAUAAUAAAUUUCCCAGUGAACCCAGUAAGUUUAAAGGAAUUGGGAAAUAUACAGCUGUUGAGACCCUGGCUCUGAUCCCCCAAAGUUUUUGAUCCUGGAUUCCAGCUCCCAUAGUCCAAACCAUGUCACCAGCUCACACUCUGAACUACUGAGUGAGCCAGAUGCCAAACCAUCAGGAAUUUCGAACAUUCAGAUUCCAGAUUUAGAGCAACAAACAGCAGCUGGAGGAACUCAUUUCAGAAGAAGGUUUUGACCUGAAAUGUUGCUUGUCCAUUUCCCUCCAGAACCACUGAGUUGCUCCACAUUGUUUGUUGCUCCAGGUUCCAGCAACUGCAGUCUAUUGUGUCUCCAUUUUACUGCUUUGGGAGCUUAACUCUGAAUCUUACUUUUUAUCUGACAAUUAUGCUGGACGUGUGUGUGUGUCUGUGUCUCUGUCUUUGUGUGUGUGUGUGUCUGUGUCUUGUGUCUUUGUGUGUCUGUGUCUUUGUGUGUGUGUGUGUGUGUGUGUGUGUGUGUGUGUGUGUGUCUGUGUCUGUGUCUGUGUAACAAGGCCAAUGAAAGCAGGGAGAGUGCAUACACACAGCCAGUGGUGGAAGUCCCUCUGUGUAAUGUGGGGACCAUUUCUGAUUAUUGGCUCAUCUAUGUGGCACCUGAUCUUGAGGAGACUUUGUGGUCUGCUUUAGUAAUUCCCACUGGGCUGAGGUUAGCCCAGACAAGAUCACUCCAUGCACUAGAGCUUCCUCAACACCCACAGAGGCUCAGGCUGUACUGAGGAGCUGACCUUGUCCCAGACUCUGAAAAGAUCUUGGUAGAAUACUCUCAGAGUUAUACAGUACGGUAAGACUGACAUAGAACAUAGAACAGUACAGCAUAGGAAUAGGCCAUUCAGCUCACAAUGUUGUGUCAAGUCAGCUAAAAAGCAAAUUUAAAACACCCAAACACUAAUCCCUCCUAUUUACACAAUGUCCACAUCCCUCCAUCUUCCUUACAUCCAUGUGCCUAUGCAAAUGUUUCUUAAAAGCCUCAAGUAUUUGCCUGUACCAUCGUACCAGGCAGCACAUUCCAGGCACCCUCCACUCUCUGAGUAAAGAAACUUUCCCUUCACAUCCCCCUUGAAUCUACCCCCUCUCACCUUCAAUGCAUGCCCUCUAGUAUUAGACAUUUCAACACUGGGAAACAAAUAUUCCCUGUGUACUCUAUCUAUGCCUACCAUAAUCUUAUCAAUCUCUAUCAAUCUCCCUUCAGCCUCCGACACUCCAGAGAAAACACCCCAAGUUCAUCUAGCCUUUCAUGUUAGCACAUUCCCUCCAAACCAGGCAGCAUCCUGGUAAACCCUGCACCCUCUCCAGACCCUCAACGUCCUUCCUACAUGCAAUACUCCAGAUGGGGCCUAACCAGAGUACUGUCUCCUUGCAUUUGCCCUACUGAGGUGCAACACCUCAUAUUCAUCUGGGUUAAGCUCCAUCUGCUAUUUCUCAGCCCAUUUCUGCAACUGAUCUACUGUAUAUCGCUCUGUAUUCUUUGCCAGUCUUCUACAUUAUCCACAGCUCCACCAAUCUUGGUAUCACCCGCAAACUUACUAACCCACCCAUCUACAUUUUCAUUCUGGUCAUUUAUGUACAUCACAAACAUCAGAGGUCCCAGUACAGAUCCCUGAAAUAACCACUAAGUAUAGACUUAUAGCUCGAGUAAGUCCCUUCAACCACUGCCCUCUGUCUUUUAUGCGCAAGUCAGUUCUGAACCCAAACAGCCAAUUCACUGUGGACCCCAUACAUCUUAAUCUUCUGGAUUAGCCUCCCAUGAAGAAUUUUGUUAAAUGCUUUAUUAAAAUCCAUAUAGACAACAUCCAUUUCCCUACCCUCAUCAAUCUCUUUUGUCACAUUAUCAAAAAACUCAUUCGAAUUGGUAAGACACGACCUGCCCCACAAAGCCAUGCUGGGUCUCCCUAAUUAGGCCAUGGGUUUCCAAAUGCUCAUAUCCCUAAGAAUUUUCUCCAGCAAUUUCCCUACAACUGUCAUGAGACUCACUAGUCUAUAGUUCCCAAGAUUUUUCCUUGUUCCUUUCAUUAGCCACUCUCCGAUCCUCUAGGACUUCAUCUGUGGCUAGAGAGGACAUGAAGAUACUGGUCAAGGCCCCAGCAAUCUUGUCUCUUUCCUCCUUCAAUAACCUGGGGUAAAUCCUGUCAGGCCCUGGGGACUUAACUCAUUUAAUACUAAUUUGGAGGCCCAACACUUCCUCCUCCUUGCCCUACGUAUUUAUUCACUCAGCACUGAUCUCCUGGUCCUCCAUAUCCUUUCCCAUGGCAAAUACUGAAGCAAAGUACCCAUUAAGUACCUCACUCACGUUCUCCGCAUCCAAGCAAAUGUUUCCUCUUUUAUUCUUGAAUGGCCUCAUCCUCUCAUUAGUUAUCCUCUUGCUUUGAAUGUAUGUAUAGAAUGCCUUGGGAGUCACCUUAAUCCUACUUACCAAGGAUUUUUCCUGGCCCCUCCUGGCUUUCCUAAUUCCCUUCUUUAGUUCUUCUCUGGCUUCUUUAUAAUCCUCAUGUGCUUCAUUUGAUCCUGACUUCCUAAGCUUUACAUACUUUUCCUUUUUCUUCUUGGCUAAAUUCAUCACCUCUCUGGACAUCCAAGAUUCUCUUAUCUUUCCAUCCCCAUCCUUCCUUAUAACAGGAUCAAACCUUUCCUGUACUGUGUGCAAUUAAUCUUUAAACACCAGUUUAUAUUAGGGAAGUUGAAAGCCCCCAUGACUACAACCCUAUUAUUUCUACACGUUUCCUUAAUCUGAUUACAUAUCUGUUCCUCAAUGUCCCGGUGGCUGUUGGGAGUCUGUAGUACAAUCCCAUCAGUGUGAUGCACCCUUCCUAUUCCUGAGUUACACCCAAAUGGACUUGGUGUCUGAUCCCUCCAUUCUGUCUGCCCUGAGUGCAGCAGUGAUAUUGUCACUAAUGAGUCGUGCAACUCCACCCCCCACCCCUUUUACCUCCUCCUCUAUCUUUUCUAAAACUUUGAAAACCUGGUACAUUAAUCGCCCAUUCCUGCCUCCUUCUCAAGCAAGUUUCAGUAAUGACACAACAUUGUGGUUCCACGUACUGAUUCAUCAUCUUUUCCCGUAAUACUCCUCACAUUAAAAUAUACACACUUCAAACUAUCCAACCUAUCAUGUUACUUCAAUUUGGCCUUUCAGUACUUUCCCUGACAUCUACCAGGAACUCUGUACUGUCUUGGCUAUGCCUCUCGCAAGGGUAAUAGGUCCCCAGUCCACACCAACUGGUAGGAUGGACUCUGUUCAGGUUCCUCUGCCAGGUCUGAAGGUGGUGGGUGGCAGACAGGCUGUGGACACUUGAGAUCCUCUUCUGUGUUCUCCCCCUGCGCCUGUUCAGUAAAGACCAGGCAGUGGGACAGGGUGACAUGGUGUCCUGUAGGUUGAGCAGGAGAAGGGUGAUCCUCGAUCUCCCUUCCAUGAGAUGAAGAGAGGGGAGGAGCUCCAUGGAACAUAUGGUGGUUUCUAUGCAUUCCACCUGUAGCAGGCCCCGGCCACAGUCACUCCUUGUCCUGGGCUGCCACCCAGCCAUGGGAAGCAGCAUAGAAACAGGCCCUUUGGCCUAACGUCCAUGCUGACCAAGAUGUCUUUCUGAGCUACUCCCAUCCACCUGCAUUUGACCCAUAUCCCUUAAACUCUUCUAUGAACCGGUCUGUCUUUUAAAUGUUGUAAUUGUACUUGUUGUCAGUGUUUAGGACAAUGGCAGGUGGAAGAUUUAUCAUUUUGCAAUUGUAGUUUUCAUGGUACCAAGCUUCCUAACUGAAUCCAACUCAAGGCAAUGGCUCCUGAUGCAAUAAAUCACUGUGGAUGCAGUUUAUAAGUAAUUUAUAUUCAGUCCCAAGAAUUAAUGCUUAACAAAUAGAAUAGCCUUGGUCUGUCUUUCCAAAUGACUGCACGUGCUCUCUCUCCCUCCUCCUGACUACAAAUCUCCUUACUUUUGGCCUGCUCUUUCUCAGAAUCUUUUUUUUUUGAUUUUCUGAGAGUCUCCCAAACUUCCUUAACCCUGUUCCUUCUAUGGGACACAGACCAAUCAUCUAUAAUUUGUGAGAAAUGUUGUUAGCUUUGGUGGCAUGCUUUUCCUUGCUGUUUUAAGAUCCUCUUUGUUUUCUCUAUCUUUUCAUCAGUGUUCAGGCCCCAAGUUUUACUUUGUUAGCAAGUUUCUCAUCGAUUUAAUAUUCUCUUCCAUGCUGUCUGUCUGCUUUGAACACAGCCACACUGUCUAAACCACUGCCCUGACCUUCAUAGUCUGGAAGUUUUAAACUUAAUUCUGUUUCAGUACAUUCAUUGCAAUUCACAUCAGUUUUGAAUUCACUGGCAUUCUUUGUUCUUCAGCCUUCUGCCAUAUUGGCAGAACAACAUCUGCAAGUCUGUUCUGUUAGAGAGUAUAGCACAUAUCUCUGGACUCACGAGUGUGGGUAUAUGUCACAAUCAUGUUUGGUUGUUGAUGAUGGAACCACAUGAGCCAUUGCAGCUCUGCGAGAGGACCUCACAGGGGGCUGCGGUGGUGUGAGAGGGUGUCACACUGGAGACUGAGAUCCACAAGCAGGUACCUCUGAAGUAGUGAGAGGUUGAGAGCUGUCAGGGCUGGGACAUAGUGGAAGGUGAUGGAUGACAGAUCCAGCAGUGAUCUGGGGGGUGUUCAGCUAGAGUAGGCAUCCUCCUCUGGCUCAACUAAAAACUUCCCACAAGUUUGAGGUACAAACUGUUCUUCAGCCAGACACCUCCAGCGGACCAGUGCUUGGGAAUGGGAUGAGGUGGGUGGGGAGGGGGUAAGGUUCGAUGACAAACCAGGGAGAGACUCAAUGCACCCAACUUAAUUCUGUGGGACAGAUUGUUGAGGGAGAACUCAGAGCACUGGCACUGGCAACUAUCUUCUUUCAGUGGGAUCUCCCUUCCUGUCCAGUAGCCUUGUUCCAAACAGGCUCGCAUUUCCCUGCUACUGCCAUAACAACAUAACCUGCAGAGGGUUGCACAAGUGGGACUGAGCUGAUCUAGACCCGAUUAGUGAAAGUCUCCUGCAUUCACUGGGAUGUGUG